AUAUGCCCUAAAAUAAAAAUAAAGAACAAAGAGAAAAAACGGUUGCCCCAUGAAGCCUUUAUUAAUACCUCCUCUCACCAAUCACCUUGCCUUCAAUAGCACAUCCACAUUCCCAUUCCCAGGACCACGACCCACGCACGUGGUGUCAAAACCACCCCAACCAAACCUCGACGGCGGCGUCUCGCUCUGGCCUCGUCGACCACCGCCGGAGGCGAUGCAAGGGCACGGCCUGGCUCGUUUCUUGCUCUUAACGGCUCUAGCGCUGGUGGUGGCCUCCGUGUGGCUGGCCCCGGCCGCCGUCGGCGACCCGCAGGCCACGGUGCUCAACCUGGGUUGCAGCACGUAUAACGCCACGCCCGCGUCCGCCUUCCUCCUCGCCCUCAACUCCGCGUUCGCCGGCCUGCGCGCCAACCUCUCAGCUGGCGGCGGCUUCGCCACCGCAGCGGAGCCGCGCGCCGCCGCCCCGGCGUUCGCCAUGGCGCAGUGCCGCCCGUACGUCGCGGGCCGAGACUGCGUCGCCUGCUUCGACGCCGCCGCCGCGCGCCUCCGCCGCUCGUGCGGCGCCGCCAACGGCGGCCGCGUCAUACUCGAUGGCUGCGUGAUCCGCUACGAGAGCGCGGCCUUCUUCGACCAGGCCACGCUCCCGGGCAACACGCAGUUCUGCAACGGAUCCGCCGUGGACGCCGGCGGCUUCGCUGGCACGGCGCGGGCGCUGGUCGCCGAUCUUGCAGCCGCCGUCCCUAACGCACCGGGGCUCGCUGCGGCGGCCGCGAGCGGCGGCGUGUACGCGGCGGCGCAGUGUGUCGAGACGGUCGGGGAGGGCGGCUGCGCGCAGUGCCUGAACGUGGCGAUGGGGAACAUCGACGGGUGCCCGCCCAACUCCGACGGCCGUGCCGUGGACGCCGGCUGCUUCAUGAGAUACUCCGAUAAACCGUUCUUCCCGGCGAAUGCAACCGUGGACCUUGCCGCGUACUUGCACUCUGGGAAGGAAUCAAGUCGGAAAGGAGCCAUCAUAGGAAGCAUUAUGGGAGGUUUAGCCUUCCUGUUUCUUAUUGGACUAUUGACUUUCUUAUUAAUCCGGCGAUCUAGAAAGCUGAGGCCUCAAAAAGGUGAGAGACGUGGAACCCUUAAUUGGAGGCAGCGAUUUAACAUUAUUGUUGGCAUGGCACGUGGUCUUGCAUACCUUCACCAAGAGUUUCAUGUUUGUAUAAUACACCGUGACAUUAAAUCUAGCAAUGUUCUUCUUGAUGAUGACUUUCAGCCAAAAAUUGCCGAUUUUGGUUUGGCAAGGCUCCUACCUGAUGACCAUAGUCAUUUGAGCACAAAAUUUGCAGGAACAUUGGGCUACACUGCUCCAGAGUAUGCAAUUCAUGGCCAAUUAUCAGAGAAGGUUGACACUUACAGCUUUGGUGUUGUCGUUUUGGAAAUAUUAAGUGGUCGUAAGAGUAAUGACACAAAGCUUGAGCCUGAAACACAGUACCUACUUGAAUGGGCCUGGAAGCUAUAUGAAAGUGAAAACUUACUCGCCUUGGUGGACAAAUCACUCGAUCCAGAAGAGUAUAAACCGGAUGAGGUAAAAAGAAUCAUGGAGAUAGCCCUUGCCUGCACUCAAUCAGCCGUUGCUGCAAGGCCAAUGAUGUCAGAAGUAGUUGUGUUGCUGUUGACAAGAAAUGAUCCGGAGCUCCAGCCCACAAGGCCCACUUUUAUUGACGCAACAAGUAGAGUGAGAGGUGAGACAUCCACCUCCAGUUCGUCUUCUGCCUCCAAGGCUACUAUAUCGAUUUCGCAGGUUUCAGGUAGAUAAAAAAGCAUUGUAUAUGACCUUACUUCUUUUUAUCUAAUAACAACUUUUAUAUCUAUGCAUAUAUGAGAACGAAGUGUAAAAUCAUUUGAAACAUCCAUUUUGUUGCUGUAAGGUGUAACUAUAUCCAUAUGAGUAUGUGAUGUGCAUUUCGUAAUUAUACAUGGGCUUUCUUUA